AUGGUGGUGCGACCAUCGGAUUUCAGCCUCAGCCAGAGUUCGGGCAGUCCUCCAAAACAGUUCAAGAAGAAAUUCGAUUCAAAGGAGCUCAACAACUUUGGAAAAUGUCGUUGGCGGGCCUACUUAUUGGUGACAUCGCUUCCAUGGGAAAUCGCUGUAAGCCUGGUGAUUUGUGGCAACUUUGUGGUAAUCAUCCUUGAAGCGAAUUAUGGAGCUGCUUGUGAUGGGGACAUGGUUAGUGGCUGUGUGCCUGGCUAUUUGGCAGUGGUGAAUUACUGCUUUGUGGGUUUCUACACAUUGGAAGCAUUGGCAACUUUGUUUGUUUACAGGGCACGUGUAUGUCGGGAUCACUGGACUCUCUUUGACCUGUGCAUUGUGUUAAUGGCUUGGGUGGACAUGCUCGUGUCAGCUAUAGUGACGACCGCAGGUCUGCAGGAAGUGCAACUCCUGCGACUCUUCCGCAUUGCGCGGCUGGCGCGAGCAGCCAGGAUCGUGCACAUGUCCCCCGAGUUGAGGGCUAUGAUGAAUGGCGUGAUCAGUGCGCUGACCACGGUGUUUUGGGGGCUUAUAAUGGUGAUGCUCCUCCUGGCCGUAUGGGCUGUCCUUGCGGUGGAGCUUUUGCACGACACAGCCCAAGAUGUACAUGCAGACAAACCAAUCUGUGCAGAGGCAUUUGAUUCCGUCUUCAUGGUGAUGUUGAUGUUCUUCCAGACUCUCAUGGCUGGUGACAGCUGGGGUGACUGUGCAGUCCCCAUGAUCCAGAGAAAUCCACUCUCCCUCAUUAUUUUUGGAGGCUCCUUGUUGACCGUCCAGCUUGGUUUUGCGAACUUGGUCUUGGCUGUGAUAGUCGAGCGGGCGCGCCAAGCACAUGAGGAGGAGCAAAGGCAAAACCUGUCUGAACAGAUCAAAAAACGCCGUGAAGCAGAGAACCGGUUGCUUGAGAUGUGUCAGCGCAUUGAUGUGGACAAAGAUGGAGUUUUGACGCUGGAAGAACUCAUGGAGGCUUAUGCUACUAAUGAGGACUUCAGGAAGACCUUGCUCCUUCUUGAGAUUGAUGAGACAGAUCUGAUUUGCCUAUUUGACCUCAUGGAUGUGGACCGCUCGGGAGAUUUGACCUAUGAGGAGCUUGUGAACUGUAUUCACAAGUCCGAAACUAACGAUCUAAAGCGCCAGAUGAUGAUGGUGAAGCUGCAGGUCCAGGAUAUUUGGCUUCGAAUUCGCGACCAUUUGACCGAUGCCCAAGAGAACAUCAUCAGCUCGGUGAGGGGUGAGGUGCGCAAGCCCUCGCUCUUGGACGCAAAGACUUAUUUGAUAAGGAAACUCACCUCCAGCAGCAGCUUCGCGAAGAAAACGUCAAAUGUCUCCAACUUCAAGAAGCAUCUACAGGCUGGGGCAUAA